CCUUGUAAAGCGAAAUACUGAUUUAAUUUAACGCCGAACCAGGUACUCAAGUCUCAACGCAGGAAGACUUUUGCCUGAAUAUAAUUUAUUAGAAUACGAUGAUCAAGAGCAAGAAAUAAAAAACUAGACUAAUACGAGUAUUUUUUUUACUUUUAUAACUUUUUUGUAAUUUUGCUAUUUUCGAAAUAUUAUGUGCCUUUUGCGAGUUAAGUCAAGAUAAAUGUACUUAAUUUAUUGUAUGAAUGUAAUCUUUUGUCUGUUAGCAAGUAGCACAAUGAAAAAGUGUUGUAAUAAUUUAUGUAAUUUAUUAAGCAUUGUUUAAAUAUUUUUCAUAAUAAUGAUCCAGUGUUAGUGUUAAAUAAUUAUUAAUUACUUAUAUGUUUUAAUGUGUAACUAUUAAAAUUAGAAUACUUUUUGGAAUGUCGAAUCUUGUUGUAAUAAAAUUUGUAAUUUUAUACAAAUAUGCAUUUUAUUACACUUACCAUUUAUCCCGAAGCCACUCUUUGUUAGUACUAUAGCGUUCAGAAAUUGGGUAAAUAAUAAACACUUGGUUUUAAAUAGCAGGGACACCCUCCUGGAAGCGCGCGUGCGGUAAUCUAUUUCUGUAAAAGGAUUUCUACACACGCGACACAUUCAAAUCAAAUGUAGAGAUUGUCGAGACGUGUGAAGUGUUGUUUUUUUUUGAUAUUCCCUACUAUAUAAUUAUUUUAUAAUCAGCGUAAACAGAACGCUAUUGUAGAAAUAUUUGGGUAAGGGAACUAGUUCAUUGAACUUUUAUUAUAUUGGCGUGCUAAAAACGUCUAUAAAUAUUUUUCUGACUAACGCUUGAGUGUAAAUGGUGAAAUGCUUCAACUGUCCUAAAUUUCCUGUCUGGUUCAAUUAGUUUGCGUUGAAUCCCUGGAUCGUUGGUCGUGAAAUCAGAUGAAUAAUAUUGAAUUGUGGUAAAAAUGACCCGAGGUCCAACUAUAGUACGUGUUGCGCCUAACAGUGGAGGUCGAGGGAUUAAGUGCUGCUGUUGUCGAUGUUGCGAAUGCCUCAAUCUUGGCUAUAUGACGACACAACAUGGUUUAAUUAAAUUGGCAGAAGCUUUGCUUGGCUCGCUCUGUCAAAGCCUCCUUGUAAAGUACGGUAUGUCCGAAGCCAGCAGCAUGGGAUCAGCUUUCCACGGGUUCCUUACUACAGCGUCAGCGUGCCUCCUCACUACUUCCAUACUUAUCGCUUGUUAUGUUCUGUCAUCCAACUCACAACAUUUGAUACGACAAUCCAUUUUUGAAUGUGUAUUCAACGCGGUGGCAUGUUUCAUGUACUUGUCGGCAUCCUCUUACAUGGGCGUGGCUGUUAACUUAUAUCUAUACCCUCGGUAUGCGCUUGUCAAUAUGUAUGCUGCAUACCCAGCUAUGACUGCAGUGUAUUAUAUUGGCGUGGUGGUCGGGAUAGUACACGGAGUGGACGCAUAUAUAUCAUAUAAGUACUAUAAAGGAAUUCGAUGAUUGUUAUUCCUUAUCAUUACAAUUAUUAAUACUUCAUUCCAUUGCAUUUAAUUUUCUGUAACUUUUAUAUACUUUUGAUUUGUAAUUAAACGUUUUUUUACAGCUCUACAUUGAAAAUUACAGCUUUAUUUUAAUAAUUCUGAAAUUAUUAAAUUCUAUUUAGUUAUACAUGGAAUA